CAGUGUUGUGACGUUCCCAGCCAUGCUAAUUGCUGUCGUGUUGGUGGCCUGUUUUGGCUUCGCUUUGCUUUACUUUCACUUUAAGCAACGGUACCGCUUCUGGUCUAAACGUGAUGUACCGUACCUGGAGCCUACCUUCCCGGUUGGAAACGUGGCGGACAUCUUCAGUCCUUCCUUACACUUUGCACACCUAAUCGAGAAGCUGUACAAGAAGUUGAAAGGACGAGGUGAUUAUGCGGGCAUCUUUUUCUUCCGCGAUCCAGUGCUGUUGGUUCUGUCGCCUGAGUUUGCUCGGACGAUUCUCGUGAAGGAUUUUAAUUAUUUUGUUGAUCGUGGAGUGUACAGCAACGAGGAGGAUGAUCCACUGUCGGCUAAUCUCUUCUUUUUGGAUGGAACUCGAUGGAGAAAGUUACGAUCGAAGCUGGCACCAACGUUUACGUCCGGGAAGUUGAAGGCAAUGUUUCACACGAUAGUGGAUGUGGGAAAUCGGCUAGAUCAGCAUCUAGCUGCAAGGUGCGUUCGCUUACAACGAAUAGAUAUCAAGGAGCUCCUGGCACGCUUUAUGACUGACGUGAUUGGAUCGUGUGCGUUCGGGAUCGAGUGUAAUACGUUGGAAAAUCCAGACUCUCAGUUCCGGGUGAUGGGCAAGCGCAUGAUUAACCUUCCCAAGCUGAAAUCCCUCAAAGUGUUCUUCGCCAUGAUGUUCCAGAAGGAAGCGCGCGCGCUAGGAAUACGGUAUAAUGAUAAGGAAAUGUCCGAAUUUUUCAUGAAGGUCGUCCGAGACACGAUCCGCUAUCGAGAAGCGAAAGGUAUUCGUAGAGAUGACUUCAUGCAGCUUUUGAUCGAUAUGAUGAAACCGGAUGGCGCAGGUUCGGGUGAGGUUCUAACGUUCGAAGAGAUCGCCGCACAGGCGUUCGUGUUCUUUUUCGGAGGAUUUGAAACUUCCACCACGACACUCACGUGCGCUUUGCACUUGCUGGCUAAAUACCCCAAGGCACAACGGAAGGCGAAGAAGUGUGUUCGAAGCGUGCUGGCUAAGUAUGGUAAUGAGCUGACGUACGAAGCAGUUAUGGAGAUGGACUACAUCCAGUGUGUUAUAAACGAAACGAUUCGCCUCUAUCCACCGGUAGCGACAAUCCAUCGUAUGACCUCACAACCCUAUCAACUUCCGAAUGGGAAAAUCCUCCCGGUUGGUGUUGGAGUAAUCAUCUCGAACCUUGCCUUUCAUCACGAUCCGGCCUUUUUCCCCGAUCCGUUUGCCUUCAAACCGGAACGAUUCGAGGACAAAACGUUUGGAAAGAGCUGCCCAAGCUAUCUUCCCUUUGGCGAUGGGCCACGGAUGUGCAUUGCGAAACGUUUCGGGAUACUGCAAACGCGUCUAGGGCUGGCGAUAUUGUUGAGGAGCUACAAUUUUACAAUGGAUGAGAGCGAUUUUGAUCGACCGCUGCUGAUUGAUCCGAUCAACUUAAUGCACGGACCGGCGGGAGCAGUUUGGCUGAAUGUGGAACGUUCAGUGGAGGGUAAUAAGAAUAAAUGAUGAAUCUUAGAGGUAAUUCUUUAAACGAUCUCCAAUUUUUCACACGAUUACCACAGACAAAAUUUAAUAAAAACGAUUUUUUCAAAUAAA